AUGGCGGCUGCCCUGGCCUGCCUGUCCCACGCCGACACCAUCAAGAUCACUGCAACGAGCAAAACCACGUUCGACCCCUCCACUGUCCGAGCCAAGCAAGGCGACGUCCUCGAAUUCCACUUCCAAUCCCGAAACCACAGCGUGGUCUCGGGCGCAUAUGAGAACCCAUGCUCUCCUCUGCGCCUCGGCACUGGCUUCUUCUCCGGCUUCGUGCCCGUCCAGAGUGGCGAGUCGAACCAGACAUUCCGCGUCACUGUGACUAACACGGACCCAACGCCCUUCUACUCGUCACAAGGCGACGAGUGUAUCAGAGGCAUGGUUGGCAUCAUCAAUCCCAGCGGCGACAAGACCCUUGAAAAGUACAGGAGCAGAGCCGUGACCCUGGCUGCCUCUGUUACGCCCGGCAACAACGCGUAUGGCGGGGACAUGGUUGAUAACAACAACAACCCGGACAAUAUGGUCUGCACCGACAACAAGAACCCGCCCAAAAAUGGGAACCCGGCCCGUGGGAUGGCUGGUGUGCUCCAAGUGCCCAUCACGUGUCUUCUCGGGGGCCUGAGCAUGGCGGUUUGGAUGGCAUGA